AUGAGGCACCAAGACGGAACAACGACCGACCCGUCGACACUGACUAGUGGUUCUCCCUCUCUCUCCACAGCAGCAGCCGCCGCCGCCAGCACAACCACAUCAUCUGUCGCCGCAGCCAUGUCCACGUUCAAUCUCCUGGCCACCGCGUCCACCGUCUUCCCGACGUCCUCGGCAUCUUCGUCUACGUGUCACACACCACAAACGAACGCAGCGACGCCGUCCACCGCCAGCGGCGUCUUGCUGCUGGGCAAACUCAUGCGUCGCGACCGUCGCCUCUUUACGUGGAAAUGGCGCGACUUUGUCCUCGAGCGCUCGCGACUGCAGUACUUUAGUGCCAAGGGCAACCGGAAGGGGGACAUUUUGCUGACGCCACAGACGCCCAUCACCAUCCGCAUGUGCAGUGAACCCAAGCCCUUUGGGUUCCUGCUCUUUAUCAAAGACACGAAGCUCACGCUCGCCGCUGCGACCGAGCGCGAGCGACGGCAGUGGAUUGACGUCUUUUGUGACGUGUUUCACGCUAGUGUCGAGCAGACGCCGACGGACAACAAGGCUGAACGGCGUGCGAGACCGACGUACUUGCCGAUCCCGGAUCUUGGUGUCGAGGCGGACGGUACGACGAACUCAGUUUUUGCGCAGCAGUCAAGCUCGAUCACAAGCGUUGAGAGCGGAGAAUUCGUGGAUGGCAGCAACUACUCGACUCCAGUCAUGGCACACAAUGUUCUGGACAAUGAAGACGCGAAACGGGACUCGUUUGGUGAAGAUGUGAUCCCGAUUUUGGAAUCGAGGAUGACGUAUGGACCGAUCAAGGAACUGUUCUCGCGUAUCACGUUUCCGCCGAGUUUGGCAAAUGGGGACUUAUUGGUGGGGGUUGGACCCAUUGUACGUCGAGUGGGCUGGACAGAUGAACGCAUUAUGGCAGUAGGGAUGUACAUUGACCCGGAAGCAGCGACAAGGGAACUGGAAAAGUUCAAUGGACGCGUCGCCAAGAGUUUGUAUGGCGAUCAGCAAUUUUACAAUCACCUGCUCUUUCAUACGACGUUCCGACGCAGUUUCGUGGUUACUGCACGUAAACGUGUGUCCAAGUCCGUGCUGACGGCACUACUACGCGAUGAACUGACCCCGCGCAUGGGGCCGAAUGCUGCAGCGACGACCACGUUCCUUGGGUUCAUUGAAAAGUCGCUCAAGAAAGCCGAGUCUAUGGUCAUGCGGAUACAUGAGGACGACCGAUUCGAGUACCGACUGCGGGGGCAGUUGUAUCCACCGAUUGCGUCGCACGCACUUUGCAAGUGUAUUCAAGCACUCUUUUUCGACAGUAAUUCCAUUCAGCACGAUGCGAAACGCGGUCUGAUUGAGCGAUUACCAUCGUUGUGGGGUGGUGAGGUGCUGGACGUACACGACGAAAUCUUUGGAAGUCUUCACGAGCGGAUUCAGAAUGUUGAUAGCGAGGACGAAGAAGACACUGAAUCUGAUGAUGAAGACGACUGUGACGAUGAUGAAGAUGACAGCGAGGCAGAAGAUCUGUUUGGUAGCCACGGAGGUACGAGUCACCAUUCCAGCGAUGAUGAAGAAGGACACAAGGAGAACAAUAACGAUGAGCAGGAAGGGGAUCACUCAGUGCUUACGGCGGACAAGCGCGUCCGUUCAAAGAGAAAUAACCACUUCGAUUUUUCUGCGAUUUACCAGCGACCAUCAACGCAAGAUGAAUGGGCGGACUAUGACGACAAAGAACUGGAGAUGCUGCAACGCCAGAGUCGUAGCCUUAUGGUGCACUUUGGCCCAAUGUUGGACCGAGACAGCAAUGUUAUAUUCAGUGGAGAAUUGGCUGUUGAUGGCAGUGCAUUGUUGGGAACAUGGUCACACCAAUUUUCAAUGUCUCCAGAUGAGUACGAUGCGCCCGGCGACUCUCGCCAGCGUCGAUUCACAGUUGGAUUGUAUGUGGAUCCAGGUGCGAUUGGUGAAAGUCUUCUUAAGUUCAAAGGUCUUUCGAUCGGCAGCAUUGUCCAGAAUACGGACUACUUUCAUCAGUUCUCGAGUGGUACAUUCCAGAAACAUCUUGUUAUCAAGGUGGACGCCAAGGUAAAACUUCGGGUUCUGCUCAAGUAUUUUGACUUGCGCCUCCAAUCUCUGGUGGCAUCGUUUGAAGAUGUCAAGAAGCCUUUUGAUAAUUUGGCGGAACUUUGGGAUAGCAUGCAUCCACAAGAGCAUCAUCAGCAACUUGAGCUGACUCCAAAGGACGAGGCCCGGUUUUCGAUUGCCCCCGACAAGAAAAUGGUGCUAAAGGUGAAAAAGCGUGGGUUGUGUAAGGAAGACAAAAAACAGAAUAAUGCUGUGAAUUUUGGUGCCUUCGUGGCACCGAAUGGCGAGGAUAUCUCGGAUAGUGUAGAUGCCACACCAUCGUCUUCUCAAACGAGUAUCGCGAUGCCGAUCGGUGCCAGUACUCCUUCUCAGGUGGGUCACUCUCGUGGAGCUGUUGAAAUGGAGCUAGUACUUCCUGCUCCACCGUUCCAUCUGGUUCUUGAAAGUCUGAUAUUUGGCUUCCACGCAAUGGACCCAUCGGCUCGAACGCAACUCAUGGAACGUAUACCGAAUCUCCUCGAUCUCGUGCCGGACGAUCUUGCCCAUACUUAUCACGAUGAGAUCCAGGCGUUGCGGGAAAACUACAAACGUCAAAAGCCGGAGAACCGCGUGAAAGUGGGGUACCUGUCGAUUUCAUUCGAAAAACGAAAACUGCAAAAAAGUACAGAGAAGGGCGGCGCCAAGGAGGUCACGAUGGUUCCUUCACGGUGGUCCAAGCGCUGGUGCCGUCUAGAUGGGACCUUGUUUUCGUACUAUUCUCACAAGCGAUCUCGUAAAUACCGGGACAUGAUGGAACUCACGCGAUGUGAGGUAGUAGAGAUCACGGCCAACAGCGGCCCCGAUGUUGCGCGUUUUGCGUGGGAAAAGGGUGAGAGUGAUAGCGUUCGUAUCGCGGUCAUAAAACCUAACGGUGAGAUACUGGCGCUACGAACUGAAACCAUAUAUGAAGGUGAAGAGUGGCUAGAAUCGCUCACCGACGCCAGCAAGGUGCGUCGGUACGGUGACAGUCCCGACAAUUGGGUUGCGUGGGAUGCGAACUUCUCGCAGCGCGAACGACGAAGCAGUAGCAACCAAGACGGAACACCCAACCGUGGUGAUAGGAGCGGCUCGUCAGAGAGCACUUCAAAUAGUGAGCGGCACUCCGGCGUCGGGCAAGGUUCAGUUGUGAACCGCAAGAGCCAUGUAAACUCAGUUGCAGCCAGUAACUUGCCACUGGAUACAACAUACGAAGAGGAUGACGGCUACCUUGAUGAUACAAAUGUUGACGAGUACGACAGCGACGAGGAUGUGGUCAAGAAGGACGGCUCGUUGCUUGCUUGGAUGCAAGAGGAUCCUCGUCACGCUAUUAUUGCAUUUUUGCUGGUUUUUAUCGUGUACCUCGCAUCCAUGAUGCACCGGGUCCAGCCCGUUCUCGUUACUAGCACUGAGGUGCCGUGA